CCAGGAGAGAACUCUGGGAGAGAGAGGGAGAAAAAUGGGGCGCACGUGCCGGCCUUGGUGAUUCGAGGACCCAGCGCGAGGCGCAAUCCAUAGAAGGAAGGGGGUGGGCGGAGGAAGGGGAAGCGCGCCUGUCAUUGGAGGGGCUGGGGUUCCCCCCAGCUUGUGAUUGGACGGCGCCGGCCCGGGGCGCUGCAUUUUGAACCGCGUAGCGUUCUGGGUAGCAAAGGGUUUGGAAGGGUCUUAACCGAAAGGGGGGUCGCCAACAAACGGCUGAGCUCACAAUCCGGGAGCGGGCCGGGCCUCCCCCGCCCCCGCGCAGCCCCAUGGAGAGAGCCCGGCCGGAGCCGCCGCAGCCACCACCACCGCCACCGCCGCCGCCGCCCCGCCAACUGCCGCGGGGGUCUUUGCCGCGCCCGCUCCGCCCUGCCCUGCCCCCGCUACUCUCCCAGCCUCCGGCCGAGGGCGCCCCCUGUCGGCAGACCGCCGAGCUCCCUCAGCCGCCGUCUCAGUCUCCUCCGGCUCCCCGCCUGGGGUCCGGGCCCCGAAGCCCCUCCCCGUGCCAACCCCCCGGGGAUCAGCCCUUGUCGCUGCAUCCCCACUGCGGAGCAGGCGGGCCCCCUCCUCGAGGCCCGGCCUCCGCCGCCCCCCGGCUGCUCCUGCAGGUGAAGGCGGAGCAGCCCCCUCCGCCGCCUCCACUGCCGCCGCCGCCGCCUCCUCCGCUUCCUCCUCUGCCUCCCCCCCCUCCUCCUCCCAUCCUGCUCUUGCAUCCUACCCUCGCCGCAGAGGAGGCUGCGACGCCCCCGGCUCUGCCCUCCCACCCCUCCGCUGCCCCUGCGGCGUCUGGCCCGUCCAGAUUGUUGCAAGUAAAGUCCGAGCAGGUCCUGCUUUUGCCCCCUGCCCUGGUGUCCGGGGAGGGUGCCCCUUGUAGGGGGGAGCCGCUGCCGCCGCCGCCUCAGCACGUCCCUGCGAGCAGGGUGCUGCAGGUGAAGGCUGAGAAGCAGGAGUUGCUGUCAACCAGGGAAGGAGCAGGCCAGGAGCUCCCGGGAAGAAGGGGGGCUGAGGGUGGCCACAGGGCUGCCAGAGGGGGCAAGGGUGAAGGUCCGGGCUCAGCGACUGAGAGCCGCAGAGUUGAGAAGGGCAGCAAGGCAGAGGCAGAGGAGAGCAGGCGUGAGAUGGCCAAAAACAAUGGGGAGAGCAAAAGCCUUGGGUCCAUGAGAGAAGGAACCAUAAAAACUGAGGAACCUGAAAGAAUGCAUGAGGACUGCAGGCAUGGCAAGGAUGCUACACAAGUGAAGCCACCUGCAUCCAAUGGCCUGGUCCACUCCAACAAGGAUGUCAUUUUGGCUCAGCCUCCCAGUGGAUUUGGCCCACAUUCACAAGAUCUGAGGAUCCCUUUGACUCUUCAUACUGUACCCCCUGGGGCCAGAAUCCAAUUUCAGGGACCUCCACCUUCAGAGCUGAUACGAUUGACUAAGGUGCCUCUGACACCAGUUCCUAUAAAAAUGCAAUCCUUACUGGAGCCUUCAGUAAAAAUUGAAACCAAAGAUGUCCCACUCACCGUGCUUCCCUCUGAUGCAGGAAUACCUGAUACUCCCUUCAGUAAGGACAGAAAUGGCCAUGUGAAGCGACCCAUGAAUGCUUUUAUGGUCUGGGCAAGAAUCCAUCGGCCAGCACUAGCCAAAGCUAACCCAGCAGCCAACAAUGCAGAAAUCAGUGUCCAGCUUGGGUUAGAGUGGAACAAACUUAGUGAAGAACAAAAGAAACCUUAUUAUGAUGAAGCACAAAAAAUUAAAGAAAAGCACAGAGAAGAAUUUCCUGGUUGGGUUUAUCAACCACGUCCAGGCAAGAGAAAACGCUUCCCCCUAAGUGUUUCCACUGUGUUUUCUGGUACUACGCAGAAUAUCAUCUCUACAAAUCCAACAACAAUUUAUCCUUAUCGCUCACCUACAUACUCAGUGGUUAUCCCCAGCUUACAGAACACUAUCACUCAUCCAGUUGGUGAAGCCCCACCUACUAUCCAGCUACCCACGCCUCCAGUCCAGCGUCCAAGCCCUAUUACACUCUUCCAACCAAGCGUUGCCAGCACUGCUCAGGUGGCCGUCCCGGCUCCAAGCUUGCCUCUUCGUCCAGCUCUUCCAUCACAGCGCUUUGCUGGACCCACCCAAACGGACACUCAUCGUCUGCAUUCAGGAGCUAACCGCUCUGUAAAGAGGCCGACCCCAGUCUCUUUGGAGAGUACCAGUAGAAAUCCAACUAGUGCAAGUACUGCUCAUGCCAGAUUUGCCCCCUCUACCAUUCAGCCCCCCAAGGAGUACCCCAGCGUUUCUACUUGCCCCCGAAGUGCACCAAUCCCUCAGGCUCCACCCAUUCCACAUCCUCAUGUCUAUCAACCCCCUCCCAUUGGCCACCCAGCCACAUUAUUUGGUGCACCACCUCGAUUUUCUUUUCAUCACCCUUACUUCUUACCUGGACCUCACUACUUCCCAUCAAGCACGUGUCCUUAUAGUCGUCCUCCCUUUGGCUAUGGAAAUUUCCCAAGUUCAAUGCCAGAAUGCCUUGGCUAUUAUGAAGAUAGGUACCAAAAGCAUGAGGCUAUGUUUUCUGCCUUAAAUAGAGACUAUCCCUUCAGAGACUACCCAGAUGAACGUACACACAGUGAAGAUUCACGAAGCUGUGAGAGCCUGGAUGGAGCCUCUUACUAUAACAGCCAUAGCCAUAGUGGGGAGGAAUAUUUAAACCCCAUGCCUCAACUGGACAUUGGAGCCUUAGAAAAUGUAUUCACAGCUCCUGCAUCUACUCCCUCUAGCAUCCAGCAGGUUAAUGUAACUGACAGUGAUGAGGAGGAAGAAGAGAAAGUGCUCAGGGAUUUAUAAUUUUAAAUCAAAUGAUAUGCACAGAAAAUAAACAUUUCUUAAAAAAUCUUUUGGGUCAAUUGGUGUGAGAAAAGCCUAGAGUGCCUUGCUGACAAUUUUCAGCCUUGAUUUGAGGAGUCAAAUUAAAAUGCAAUUUCUGUUUUAGGAAAGUUUUGACUAGUGAAAUUGAAUUCUUUCUGUUUCAUAGUAGGAAUAUUUAGUAUGUGAAACAGUUUUCUUUUUAUGUCAGAAAUUUGCAUACAAGAUUUAUUAAUAUAUUUUUGAAUAUUAAAAAUCCUCACAAUUUUAUGUGAGAACAUGGAAUAUUUCUCUGGCACCAUGAGUGAUGAUUUCUAUUUUCUCUUAGGAUACAUUUGUUUAUUCUAAUAUAUUUAUUUUGUUUGACAUUUAUAUACUUAUGGAUGUUGUCAGUUCUAAUGUAAUAUUUUGGAAAUAAUUUGAUAACUUUUAGCAGUGAACUGAGAGUCAGUUCCUGAAUUUAAUUUAUACUAGCAACAUUUACAAAUUGCUAAAUGUGUUUUUAAUGGCACCUGGGUGGUCACUCUUGGCAAACUAGUCAUUCUUGUUUCUAAAUAUUUUUGUCUCCUCUUUUUGGACAUUUCUUCCAUUUGGUAUGCAUUGUUCUACUUUUGUUACACUUAAAUAAACUUAGA